UACUUGAACAUUGCAUGAAAUAAUUGAACGUAUAAUUUCACACGUUCUUUAUAUCGAUUAAACUUUUUAUACGAAUUUAUUAUUCCACGCAUAAUUAAAUUUUUAUGAAAAUGUAUAUCGUCGACGUUUCUCAACGUGCACCCGAGAUUUCAAACAAAUUAGUGGAUUCCAUAUGUAAAGACGGAUACUUGCAACCAGAAAGAGCUCGUUCUACGUUAUAUCAUCAACCUUAUAAGAGACCAACCUUAAAACUCGAGUCAGAGACGACGUAUAGUUUGUCUUACUCAAAAUUGAGUUUUUUUCCUCAACCAAGGACCAGUUUUGCAAAAUACGAGAAAAUGUUAACGACGAAACCUGGAAAAAUCGAAUCUGAUACGAUAUACAAGCUCUCCUAUCUACCUUCGACUACGAAAAAACGAAAACCCUUCAUUCCAAGAUCAAAUUUGUCUAUUCAUGGCUAUCACGAUUUGACGACCAUUAACAAAACAUCUUAUUUAAAUCCUGGAUACGUAAAAACAAUUUCUUUUAAACCUUAUCAAACUAAACUCCAACAACCGAUACCGAUGGAUUGUGCAACAAUAAUGAAGGAAUCCUAUCAAUAUACACCUGUUGAUGUUAAGAGACCACGGAAACGAGAAUUUUGGCAGACUAAGUUCAAGACAGAUUAUGGAACUACGAAUAAAUUAUCGUAUCAAUAUGUAGAACCGCUUAAGAAGAGGAUUCGCGUAUUCUACAAACCGGUUAUCACCGCCAAAAUUGAAAAAGACACGAUUUAUAAUAUGAGUUAUCAGCUUCCAGGUCGCUGCAUAACUAAAUAGAUUAUGAUAGUUUUUUUUAUAUUGUAUGUAUAAUAUAUUUAGCAAUUUUUUUUUAUAGAAAAUUUGUUCUUUAAUUGAAGAACAUAUGCAAAUUCAAAAAAAC